AUGGUUCGGUCUCUUUUCCUUGCCAGCAUCUUCGCUGCUGGCGUCUACGCCCAAUCAACCGCCGACCCUGCUCUGACAAGAGAUGGAGCGUUCCAACACCUUGGUUGUGUUGCUGUACGACCCGGAACCUUUCCUCGUCAGUUCGACCUUGGGCAAACUGGGUGUGCUUCAUCAUGCUCUUCAAACGGCAACAUCGUUGGGUUCCGCGGUAACAGCUGUGUCUGCGACCGACUUGAUCUCUCACCAAGGCCUAUCACAUACCGGGUCACAAAAGUCGACAACGCCCUCUGCAACCAAUUGUGCGACCCAGCCGAUAGAUCUAAGGGAACAUGUGGAGGUGCCACGAUCCAAGGAUGGCCCAUCUACGAUCUCUACAAGAGGAAAAACGCCCAGAUCCUCUUCGAGACUUUCCCAAGGGCUACACCUACUCCUACCCCUGGAGUUCCCAACCCGCCUAUUCAGACUCUCAUGCCUGUCCCCAACCCCAGCCCCGUUCCCAACCCUCGGCCUGGCGAUGUGUGGCACGAAUGCCCUCCUAGUGUUGUCAACUGCCCCUACCGCAACAACUGUCCCAAUGGCCGAUGUCCGCCUGCCCCUAAGCCUAUUGUUCAACCAUGUCGUGGAUGUACUUACAACGGGACAAGUGGCGGCAGCGGUAACUGGACGGCUCCAACUUGUCCUCCCGGUGGCUGUCAUCAUGGUGGUAAGCCUGUUCCUAUCCCUCACGGUAACGGUGGAAGUGGCGGAAACGGGGGCAACGGUGGUAACGGAGGAUCUGGCGGUAACGGAGGGAGCGGUGGAAACGGAGGGAACGGCGGAAACGGAGGAAGCGGCGGUAAUGGAGGCAAUGGCGGUAACGGCGGUAACGGAGGAUCUGGUGGAAACGGAGGAUCUGGCGGUAACGGAGGGAACGGUGGUAACGGUGGCAAUGGUGGAAACGGAGGUAAUGGCGGCAAUGGAUCUGGAGGCUCGAACGGUGGAAACGGUAACGAAGGGGGCCAUACUCCCGUCAUCGUCAACUCGGCUGUUAAAACUCGGGGCGGAAGCUUCGUGUCGAUAUUCGUCGCGAUUUCCUUUGCCUUCACUCUUUUAUAG